CUGGACCAGGAUACAUCAAAAUGUACAAAUUCACCGUUCUCUUCGCCCUCAUAGCCUGCGCUAGGGCUGGCUACAUCGGAGGCUACGCUGCCGCUCCAGCACUCACCUACGGCUCUAGCUACGGCUAUGCUGGUGGCUACAGUUAUGCUUCUCCAGCAGUUGCCACCGUUGCUCAUGCUCCAGCUAUCUCUUACGCCGCACCAGCACUCGCUACUGUAGCACAUGCUCCAGUCGCUGUAGCUCAUGCUCCAGUCGCCACAUCCUACGCAAACACUUACAGGACUGUGAACAAGCCAAUCGCUGUUGCCGCCCCAGCUGUAUCUUACGCUGCCCCAGCACUCUCCUACGCUGCACCUGCCGUUUCCUAUGCCGCCCCAGCUGUAGCAACCGUCGCCCAUGCUCCAGUUGCCACUUCUUACGCUAGCACUUACAGGACCGUCAACAAGGCUGUAGCUGUCGCUGCUCCAGCUGUCUCCUACGCUGCUCCCGCAGUCUCUUAUGCUGCUCCAGCUAUCGCCACCAUAGCCCAUGCUCCAGCAGUGUCCUACGCCGCCCCAGCUGUCGCCACUGUUGCCCACGCCCCAGCCAUUGCCACUGUCGCCCAUGCUCCAGUCAGCUAUGGUCUCGGCCUCAGGUCUGCCUACGGUCUUGGCAGCUACGGAUACGGUCUUGGAUACAGGUCCGCCUAUGGACUCGGUUAUGGAUAUGGUGGAUAUGGACUUGGCUCCACCCUCCUCCACCACUAAAAUUCUUUAUAACGAAGUACCUGAAUCUUAACUAUUCC